GAGUACAGCUUCCAAAAAUCCUCUAUUUCUAUGGCAUCAGCUGUUUUCGCCGGCAGGAAUGAAGCGCACUGGGGCGAUGGAAGGGUGCAACGCGCGAAGUUUACCUGUAGGCCUACCAGUAACCCUCAUUCCGGCGACAGGCUCAACCAUAACCCCGGCCAUAAUCUCAACCGCCAUGAUACUACUUCAAACAAGCAUUUCAAGCGGCCGAUACCUGCUCCACCGCCGUGGCCUCAACCUAGGGAUCAUGAGAGUACGCGGCCUUCCAAUCCGAGGCCAAAUACUCUCAUAGACUGCAGUAAUCUGUUCCGCAAAGAAUAUGUUACAUUCAAUCUGGCUUCCUAUUCCAGAAUGCAGGUAUAUGAGCUGAAACAACGGCUGAUCUCUGAUUUGGUUAGGGUUCAGGGCGUUCUGAAGAGGAUUGAGACUCGAGAACUUGAAUGCAGAGCUUCGCUCCCUGAUUUUCAGCAUAGAGAAGUUCCACAGCCACUAGUGUCGCAUCCAUGGCCUCAAGUGAAUCAGAACUGUGCAUUUAAUAAUCUGCCUGAGAUUCAAGCACCGAAUGUUGCAGCAAGUGAGCAUUUUCAGAGUACUGAGCUAGGUGAUCGGAGAAACAAAAGGAGUACAGGCAAUAAACUCUCAGGGAAAAAGCGAGUGCAUACUCUCACUUUAGAUGGAGACGGCAAGCAGCCGGCGGUGAAGGGCUCACGGACUGAUAAGGUUUUGAGCAGUAUGACGAGGAGGUGCAAACAGAUCUUGGAAAAAUUGAUGAAACGCAAGUAUGGAUGGAUUUUCAACAAACCUGUGGAUGUUAAACGUCUGGGGCUUCAUGAUUACAACCUAAUCAUCAAAACCCCAAUGGAUCUCGGAACUGUGAAAUCAAAACUGGACAGGAAUGAGUACAAAACGCCACAGGAUUUUGCAGCUGAUGUUAGACUGACAUUCAACAAUGCUAUGAUUUAUAAUCCCAAGGGUGAACAAGUGUAUGUCAUGGCAGAAUUGUUUCUUAAUAGCUUUGAAGACAUGUUUAAGACUGCAUAUCAGAACUAUGAAGCUGAGGAUAACAAGGCUGUUGCACCACAGCAAAUGACUUGUGAUUCCAAAGAACAAAUUGUUGAGCCAGGAGAACCUAAGCAAAUUCCCAUUGCCAAAAAAUCCAAUUCAGUACCUUCACCAGCCAUGGUGUUCAAUCCUCCUGUUCCAAUCCAAGCUUUGAGUGCACUAAAAUCUUGUCCACAGCCCCUAGCAUCACCCAAGUCAGGGAAAUUGCCAAAACCCAUGGUUAAUGAUCCAAACAAGAGGCAGAUGACUUUUGAGGAAAAAGCAAAGUUGGGUUUCAGCUUGCAGAACCUGCCACAAGAGAAGAUCGAUCAUAUGCUGCAAAUUUUAAAGAAGAUGAAUUCAUCUCUGCCAGUGAAGGGUGGUGAGAUAGAACUUGACAUUGAGGCGCUUGACAAUGAAACACUAUGGAAACUACAUGCAUUUGUGGGCUCCCAGAAGAAUGCUUUAAGCAAUGUGAAGAUGCAAUGCAUGAGUGAAGAUGUUUCUGGAGGUUACCCCAAUAAAUUGCCAGAAAAUGAGCCCAUCCCACAGAAUGUAGUGCAGAAGAUCAAUAAAGGGGAUGCAGGAGAAGAGGAUGUAGAUAUUGGGGAGGACAUUCCAAACAGUGACAUACCCCUGGUAGUGAUCGAGAAGGAUGUCAGUGGAAAAAGCAGUUCAAGUACCUCUAGCUCCAGCAGUGAUUCUUCUUCCAGUGGAAGCUCUUCUGGGAGUGACUCUGAGGACACUGUACAGUCACCUUAUAUUGAAGCCUAGAAGCCUGUGAACCAUAACGGUUUUGAAGGUUGGGAAUGGUUAUGAUGAGCUUGAGAAUUGCAUGCAACAACUCUGUUUUUGAAGCACAUGGGUUAUGGAGCCAUUAUAUGGGUUUUCUGUUUGUCUGUGUUAUACAUAAAAUGGUUUUGAAAGUGCAAAAAGGCGAGUUCAGGUUGAGCUUAGCCCGGCUUAAUCAGUAGCAUACAUAAAGUGAGCAAAACCAGAAACUGGUAUUGUAGUAGGAAACUGAGAUGUUUUCUAGUUGCAAGUAAGAGAGUUAGGUUCUAGCACAAAUUAAUGGAGAAUAUAGUUGGUAGAAUCGGGGACUAAUUUUGUGUUUGUUUACAGAAGUCACCACAUAAUUUUCAGUGGUUGAGAAACAUAGAAGCAACAUGUACAGAGUAAUGAGCUCUUUUUUUCCCCUCAAUGUUAAA